CGUUUCAUCUCCGGAAAACAUUAAGACAGAUUUUUCACUCUUCACUGAAAACAGGAACAGGAACAGGGAGCACCAACAAGCAACAAUGGCAACCCUAUCUAGUCUUAACCUCGUAAGCCCAAGAGUCGUAGCCAACGUACUAGACUCCACAAAGGCUAGUUCCGUCAAGGUCCCAUACCUGACCCAGCCCUGGAAAAGGGUCUCCCAGUUGGGGUCUAGGCGAAUGAAGGUGAUCAGACCCGUGAGAGCUGCCCCUGACAGCAUAUCCGACAAGGUGGAAAAGAGCAUCAAGGAAGCAGAGGAGGCAUGCUCGGGUGACCCAGCGAGCGGAGAGUGCGUAGCGGCUUGGGACGAGGUGGAAGAGCUCAGUGCGGCAGCCAGCCACGCCAGGGACAAGAAGAAAGGAAACGAUCCUUUGGAGAAUUACUGCAAAGACCACCCGGAGACAGAUGAGUGCCGCACGUACGAGGAUUGAAAGGGCUUCUUAACUUAUUGAGCUUUUUCCUUAGAUGAUGAAAUUUGUCAGAAUUUUUAUAUGGUGAUAUCGAUGAUGAUGGAGUUUUUAGAUGUUGUAAACCUCUCUGUUUUAUGUGAAACUGAAGAUGUUAUUGGUGGUUAACUGGUUAUAAUGAUUGUAAUCCCAUACCAUACACUCGGGAAACAGAUAAUUUUUAAUUUAAGCGUUUUUAUGGAUUA